AUGUUUCGUCAAAUUCUCGUACAUCCUGAGGAUCGGAGAUGGCAGAAUAUCCUUUGGCGUUCCAACAGGUCCGAAUCCAUACAAGAGUGUCGAUUGUCGACGGUGACUUAUGGUACUUCUCCUGCUCCAUUUUUAGCGAUUCGUACCUUGUUGCAGUUGGCUGAGGAGGGUAAAUCAACGCAUCCUGAGGCGGCUGCUAUUCUUCGGUCACAGGUGUAUGUGGAUGAUAUUUUUGCGGGUGCUGAUACUUUGGGGGAGGCAACUCUUCGGCGUGAUCAGUUGGUUUCGUUGUUGGCUGGUGCUGGUAUGCAGCUCGGUAAAUGGGCGUCGAAUACAGUUGAAUUAUUGGAAGGAAUCGAGGGCUUGUCAGAAGGGAAGGUUUCUGUAGAUAUCGAUGAGAUUGUUUCAGCUUUAGGAUUGAAGUGGAGUCCAAAUGAAGAUGAAUUACGUUUUAAGAUUGAUCUUCCUACACUUUCUGUUAAGAUCACGAAAAGGCUUGUUUUAUCGGAGACUGCACGUUUAUUCGAUCCUCUUGGUUUCUUAGCUCCUAUAAUUGUCGUGCCAAAAAUAUUAAUGCAAGAUAUGUGGAUUGAAAAAUCAGAUUGGGAUGUAGCUCUUCUAGCUGACUUAGAGAGGCGUUGGUUGGCAUUUCGUGAUUCAUUGAAUCAGUUAAGUGAGAUUAGGAUUGUUCGUGCAGUGGGAGUCAUAUCGACUAAAAACUGGAGUCUCCAUGGGUUUUGCGAUGCCUCUAAAAGGGCAUACGCUGCCGCAGUUUAUUGUGUAACUUCUGAUGGAAAAUCUACUUUGUUGAUGGCUAAGUCCAAGGUGGCUCCAGUUAAGACUCAGUCGCUUUCGCGGUUGGAGCUCUGUGGGGCUGUUCUCCUUGCUCGUUUGACAGAUUUUAUUAUUGGGCAGCUUAAAACGAAGCCAAAAAGUAUUUCUUUUUGGAGCGACUCCCAGGUUGUGUUGGACUGGUUGAAGAGUCAUCCGUCGCGCUGGCCUGUUUUUGUUGCCAAUCGUGUUAGUAAGGUAUUAGCUCGUUUUCCUCGUGUCACAUGGAGUCACGUGAGGUCUGCCGAUAAUCCUGCGGAUAUUGCUACUCGAGGAGUUACACCAUCGCGACUAGCUCUCAGUGAAUUAUGGUGGCAUGGGCCUGCGUGGCAGGGUGAUGAGAUUCCUCCAUCUCUGUCGGUGGCAUCCAUAGAGGGUUCCCAGGCCGUGGCAUCUCUUGUGGCUAACGAAGUAGAGGAGAGUUCGGGUAAAGUAGAAUCUGAAGCACUUACUCGGUUGAGGCAAAUAUCAAAGUAUUCUAAGAUUUUGAGAGUGCUAGUGGUUAUAUUUCGGUGGCGACUUGGACUGCGAGUAUCGAGUGCAAAUAGAAAGCGCUCGAUACCAAUGAUCUCGCGUUUGUUGCACUUGGCGCCCUUUAUUGAUAAAGACGAAGUGCUGAGGGUUGGUGGAAGGCUUCAAAAUUCUGUAUUGACUUUUAAAGAAAAACAUCCUGUUAUAUUGCCGGCUGAUGAGCCGUUGGUUCGACGCUUAGUUGAGUAUUCUCAUUCUAUUACCAUGCACGGUGGAGUUGCGCUCAUGCGAAGUUAUCUAGAUCGUUUUUGUUGGAUUGUCCAUGUGGUAAGAGUCAAGACGGCGGCUUCAGAAUUCAAGCGACCAGUCAUUAAAUUGAUAAAGUUGCCGGUUGAUCAGGAAUUAGGGGUCGCGAUUGCUCAAAUAAAUGGGAGUGCAACAUCGUUCGAAGAUUUGCAAAAUUUUAGAGGAAUUCUGUAUAAUAACAAUAAAGACACAGCAAUUAACAUGGGAUUAAUAGAACACGACAUCCAAAUUUUUAAAAUUUUUGAUAAAGCCUUACAGAUGGUCCAGGAGGUUCUAGUAAAACGUUUCUGUAUAAAACCAUAA